CGGACAACCUUAUCCUUAAAAUCUCACCGGUACUCCAACUCCCGUUCACCGGAGCUCUGACUCUCUGUAAGCGAAGAUUCUCUGCUCUUUAGCUAAUUUAGUCGAAUCUCUAUUAUGGGUCUGAUCCAGUUUCUUACGAGAAUCUGAUUUCUGAUUUUAUAACUUGAUUUCUCGAUUUCAAAUUUGUGUUCUUGCAAUCGAUUUUUUUGCAGGUAAAGAAGAAGGGAGAAAUAGAUAAUGAGCAGUAGAAACGGCAAUGAGAGAUUAAGAACAGUGUGGACACCUGAAAUGGAUCAGUAUUUCAUCGAGCUUAUGGUGGAACAAGUUAGAAAAGGCAACAGAUUUGAAGAUCAUUUGUUUAGUAAACGAGCUUGGAAGUUCAUGUCUUGUUCCUUCACUGCCAAGUUCAAGUUUCUUUAUGGCAAAGAUGUUUUGAAAAACAGGCAUAAGACAUUGAGGAACUUGUUUAAAUCUGUGAAUAAUCUUUUGAUAGAAGAUGGUUUUAGUUGGGAUGAUACUAGACAGAUGGUUGUUGCUGAUAACUGCGUUUGGGAUGAGUAUCUUAAGAUUCAUCCUGAUUCGAGAUCUUUUCGGAUAAAGUCUAUACCUUGUUACAAAGAUCUGUGCUUGGUUUACUCAGAUGGAAUGUCUGAGCACAAAGCUGAGGAGAGUAUUAGUGAGGGAGAAUCCAAGACACUGAUUCAGGAAGAUGAUGGGUACAACAGAAUAUGUGAAUCGUCAACAGUCAGGUCUAACUCAAAAGGAAGCAGUGUCACACGGUGCAGGACUACUUGGCAUCCUCCAAUGGACCGGUAUUUCAUUGAUCUGAUGUUGGACCAAGCGAGGAGAGGAAACCAGAUUGAAGGUGUUUUCAGGAAACAAGCAUGGACUGAGAUGGUUAAUCUCUUCAAUGCGAAAUUUGAGUCUAACUUUGAUGUUGAUGUGUUGAAGAACCGGUAUAAGUCUCUGAGAAGACAGUUCAACGCGAUCAAGAGUAUUCUUCGAUCAGAUGGGUUUGCUUGGGAUAAUGAGCGUCAAAUGGUUACAGCUGAUAAUAAUGUAUGGCAAGACUAUAUAAAGGCUCAUAGAGAUGCAAGGCAAUUUAUGACUCGGCCAAUUCCGUACUAUAAAGAUCUGUGUGUGCUCUGUGGCGAUUCUGGGAUCGAAGAAAACGAAUGCUUUGUAGCUAUGGAUUGGUUUGACCCUGAAACUGAAUUCCAAGAAUUUAAGUCCAGUGGUACUACAGAUUUGUCUAUUUCAGCUGAGGAAGAAGAUAGCAACUCUCUUUUGUUUGACCCCAAGAACAAAAGAGAUCAACUUGCUAAUACUGAUACAAGCCCUAUAAACCCGAAAAAGCCUCGAGUUGAUGAAACCCAAACCAUGUCAAUAGAGGACACGGUUGAGGCUAUUCAAGCGUUACCAGACAUGGACGAUGAACUUAUAUUGGAUGCUUGUGAUCUGCUUGAAGAUAAACUCAAGGCGAAAACUUUCUUGGCUCUAGAUGUGAAACUACGCAAGAAGUGGUUGUUAAGGAAACUCCGACCUCAAGUGACUUGAGGAUUAUGAGCUGUAAAGAAGCAAAGUAGAAGUUUGACGAUAAACAGAAGCUCAUUGGCUUAUACUACAGAGUACAGACUACUUUGCGAGAGUUUCAUAUACAAAGACUUAUGCUCUUAGAAGUUGUAAAUGUGAUCAAAUAUGGCUGAUGAUAUUAAACCUUGUACAAACUCUCUCUUCUUUGCCUUCUCUAGUAGCUCUGUAUCUGACAAGGGAGACGGCGAUUCCCAGUCUCUGAGCACACAGAAAUACGAAAUGUAUCUUUAGACAAGGUUUAAGAAGAUGAGAUAAAGCAAGCAGAAUCAAGAAAAUGUCAAAGAAUUACUUACUUUUCUGUUGAAUCCCUUAUUAAGCUAUUGUCUUCCAUGCUUGCUUCACUAGAUGAAUCAGGUUGUA